GACACAGAGCCAGCAUUUCACUGACAGCAGUUUGAGAAUUGAGAGACAUAGAUCAGUGGCAAUUCCGUCAUUUGAAUGAAAACCCAUGCCUGAUUAUAACGACCUAUGAGUGCUUUCUUUAUCUGCUUAGUCAGUUAGUUAGUUAUUUGCUUACUACAACUUACUAGUUUUCCAACUCCUUGUUUUUCGGAUACUCUGCUUCCGCCAUCCACUCCCGCCUCUGACGGAUGGGCUGCGCGCUACCAAAGCCGGCGCGAUCCCGACCAAAUCCCACUGCGCCUCCGGAGAGGCAAGGGAACAACCAACCCAGCAAUGUUCCCGGCCACAUUCCGACCCAACAGGGUUGGCCACCGUGGUUGAUGGAGGUUGUCGGCGACGCCAUCCAAGACUGGACUCCUCGCUGCGCCAACACCUUCCAAAAGCUUUCUAAGAUUGGGCAAGGGACUUAUAGCAAUGUGUACAAAGCCAGAGACCUAGUGAGUGGAAAGAUAGUGGCUUUGAAGAAGGUGAGAUUUGAUCACUUAGAAGGAGAGAGUGUGAAGUUCAUGGCCAGAGAGAUUCUUGUCCUGAAGAAGCUUGAUCACCCGAAUGUUGUGAAACUUGAAGGCUUGGUUACUUCAAGGAUCUGUUCCAGUAUCUACUUGGUGUUUGAGUACAUGGACCAUGAUCUUGCUGGCCUUGUUGCUGGCCAUGGUCUCAACUUCACUCAGCCUCAGAUUAAAUGCUAUAUGAAGCAAUUACUAUGUGGGCUUGAGCAUUGCCACAGCAGAGGUGUAUUACACCGUGAUAUAAAGGGUUCCAAUCUGCUUAUUGACAAUCAAGGAAUCCUUAAAAUUGCUGAUUUUGGACUCGCCGCUUUCUAUGAUUCCAAACAAACCCGUCCCAUGACCAACAGAGUCGUCACUCUUUGGUAUCGUCCGCCAGAGCUUCUUCUUGGAGCUACCUUCUAUGGUGUUGGUAUCGACCUCUGGAGUGCCGGAUGCAUCUUCGCGGAGCUACUUGCCGGAAAGCCUAUCAUGCCUGCCCGAACAGAGGUUGAGCAACUGCACAAAAUAUUCAAGUUAUGCGGCUCUCCAUCAGAGGAUUACUGGAAGAAAUAUAGAUUGCAAAAUGCUACACUCUAUAAGCCACACCACCAAUAUAAAAGAUGCAUCCUGCAAACUUUCAAGGAUUUCCCGUCUUCUUCAUUACCUCUAAUUGAUACUCUUCUUGCAAUAGAUCCCGAUCAUCGCGGCACUACCUCUGCAGCUCUAAAUAGUCAAUUCUUUAACACCGAGCCCUAUGCUUGUGAACCAUCAUGUUUACCAAUGUAUCCUCCAUGCAAAGAACUCGAUGUAAAGCUAAGAGUCAAAGAAGCAAGAAGGCAGAAAGCUUUAAGCGGAAAAGCUGUUGCAGUUGAUGCUGCAACAAGAGUUAGAGCGCUUGAGUGCGCUUUGGCCAUUCCAGAGAUCCAAACAAAUUUAGAUAGGUGGAAAGUUGUGACAAAUGCAAAUGCCAAAAGCAAGAGUGAGAAAUUCCCACCUCCACAUCAGGAUGGAGCUGUUGGAUAUCCAUUGAAUGCAUCAAACAGAGGAACUGUUUUAUUUUGUGCUAGUGACACUUCCUUUGGCUCAAAAACUUCAAGAACUCUUGGAACUAGUAUUGCUGCUGCUGCUGCUAGGCCUAGGCCUAAUUCCAAAGGAAGGACAUCAAACAAAGCAGAUUCGAAGAUGGUGUCAUCUUGGAAAUUUAUGCGUGCAUUCAAGCCAACAAUUGUUGGCCUUUCAUCUGAUUUAUUAUUUAGAAGGAAUUAAUCAAUUAGUAUGGAUUUUACCAUUGCUUAGUGGCAUUUGUUCUUGUUCUUUUUCCUGUUGGUCCAAUUUUUGGUACUUCAUUUGACAUAAAAGUGUUUGUUGUAUAUAUCUGUAAAUCUAUAGGGCCGAAUCCCACUUCUGUACAGUGUUCUCGAGCACAUUCCCAAAUGGUUACAUUAUCUUCAUGUUCAUGACCUUAGA